AUGUCGAUAGACAUGAAAUCCAACUUUUUCAAGCUUAUCCUCCAUUUUCGGCGUCAAGAUUUGGUUGGUUUUUUUUUUCAUUUUUGGUUAAAUGAAGUUUUCUAAUUUUUUUUUAAUAAGCAUCUUUGCGAGAAAACGUCAAAAUGGUGUUAAUUUGAAAAAAAAAAUACUAUAUAAGUAAUAUAGGUAAAGGUGUAGUAAUUACAUACUUGAGAUGUGAAGAGAUGAACUAGAAAAGAAACCAGGUGAAGGUCAAUUGCGGCCAGGCGACCGUUCAAGUUGGUAAGUGGCUAAAAACUGGACAUUUUGAAAAACUGGACACUUUCUUCUUCCAGACAAGGUUCUACUCAAUAUGAGAGUUCUCUGAAGUUUUUUAGCUGCCAGUAAUAUUUAAAUUGCCUUAAAUUUUUUAUUUUCUAAAAUUUAGCGCAAGUCUUAUACCUUGAACAAACACUGAAAAUGGCUUUCCGCAUUUAGAAUUUGAUUGUAUUUUCCUGUGUUCCUUCACACAGAAAAAAUUAAUGCAUUGAAUAUUCUUAUUCAUAACCUAUUCAAAAAAUAUGUUUGGGGAGAUUGAAUUUGUCCGAACACAAAAAAGUUUAUACUGAUUAUUUUCUAUUUUUCUCAGCUUCUUUGAAACAACCAGAGUAACCUUUUCAAACUCGCUCAAGUAAAUAUUUUUGAGGAGGCCUUCAAAAAAGAACAUGACGAUUUGUACGAAAAAGCGAAAAAGAGUGGCAAACACUUGGAAGUCACCUCGCACUACUAUUCCGUUAUGUCCAGCGUCAUCGAGCAGUACUUUGGGGGUGAGACUUCACAUUUCGACGAUUUCAAAUGGAAUGAAGUACAGGAAACUUCCAUUUUGUGCCGCCGCAAUACGAAGGACAAAGACUGGAAGACGCGCUGAAGUCCCUCCACAGGUGGAAAAAGCUUUUCUUCUUGAAAUCUGGGCUGUUUGAGAUAUGUGGGAGAGAAGCUGAAACUGAAGGAAGGCGUCAAAUGUGUGGACCUCGGCUGCGGAGUCGGCGGCGUCAUCCGCGACAUCGCUCAUACGGGAGCAGAACUGACUGGGGUCACCAUUGCUCCAAACGAGGCCGACAUGGGUGAGAACUUGCCAAUUUUUAACUGUUUUAGAAAUCCCGAAUUGAAACUGGCCGCAUGUAGAAUGGCUUAACGCCUUGCGUUUGAGCUGCGGUUCAAGUUGGAAAUUGAGAAUCCACACUACAAGUUUUGCGGAAUCGCAAUCUUUUCGUUGUGUUCCUCCAAACCUGUUCAGAUUUUGAACGUCAAGUACAAUGAUGACAUUUGAAAAAGCUCUGCGGAUGGCUCUCUCUGAUUGGUUGAUCGCGCCAUAAGGGGCGGAGCUUGAGCGACAAUUUGACAAAAAAAAAAUCUCAAAAGACUUCGCAGCUGCUGCAUUUUGAGCUCGAUUGGGAAUAGAACAGCAGAAUCUGAGUUUCUACCUUUUUCUUUAGUGAACUCGCGAACUUAUUUAUAACCUUCCGUAUCAUUAAAUUCCCAGUUUCUUCCUAGCUUUUAUCCUUUCGAAAAUCUACUUUGAUCAUAUCCAGGUAACGAGUUCUUCGCUAGCGAAGGACUAUCCGAAACUUGCCGGAUCGUGACAGCCGACUGCCAAAACACGCCUUUUGGUUUUCAUAACCGUUUCCUCCUCAAAAAAUACAGAGUUCAGAAAAUAACUCGCAGGACUGCGCCUUCGCCAUAUAUUCCCUCAAGUAUAUUCCCGAACUUGAUAACGUUAUGAAAGAGGUCCCUCUAGGUUAAACUUACUCAAUUUAUUACAACUUCUAGGUUCACCGUAUUCUCCGACCCGGAGGCAAGUUCCUCAUCUACGAUCUGAUCAAAACUCAAGACUACGACGCAAAAAAUGAGGAGCACAAGAAUGUGAGUGGAGAACUUGGAAGAAAGAACGAAAAAGUUUUUGAUUGAAGAUAGUCGGUCAUUUGGAAUACGCCUGCGGGAUGCCUUCUCUCCACACUCGGAUGCAAAUGCAAAAAGCCGCCGAGGCUAGUCUUUAUUUCACAAAACAUUAUGAAGUUUGACCUAGUUGCAACCAAUAGAAAAUCCGAUUGUGUUUUAGAGGUUUCGGGAAAAAAAGAAACUCUUUUAAUAAAGCUAGCCCAGUAUUCCAAAAUAAAGAAAUUCAAUAUUUUAAGAAGAAAGCAGAAAAGCAUUAACUUUUAAAAAACUUUGGCCUCUCUUAUUUACUCUCCUUGAAACGUAUAUAGACCUGGUUAUGAGAAAGUGUCUACUUCUGGAAAAUUCGUUUUUAAUUGAAAAAAAAACUGUUAAGGCUAUUGGAUUCGAACUUGAGGAGUACGAGAACCUGGAGGAAACUUUCGGGAACAAGCCGUUCCACUACUGCUUUUCCUCGUCGCCUUUCUUCAUGUGGCUGGUUCAAAGUGCCAUCAUCCGUUAGUCUCUUUUCUUUCCGGCUCAAAUCACCGCCAUUUUUACAGAAAAAGCCGUGCAGGUGGGAGAGUUCCUAGGCGUGCUGCCCAAGGGUUUCGAGCAGUUCAACCGAAUAUUCCUCAGCGGCACCGUCAAAAGCAUCGUCGACGGCGGACAGCGCGGAAUUCUUUCUGGAGCCGAAACUCUUGUUUUCCGAAAGCGUCAAUAA